AUGUUAAAAUCUUUACUUAAUUCAUUAUUUAAACGUUUCAAUCAUGAACGAUUUAACAUUAGCAUACGGCAUGGCCAACAGCUAUUUUCUUCUCAGGUUCAUGUAGCGGAACUAGCAAAUGGAAUACGUGUAGCUAGUCAAGAAUCAGACUCAUUUUUAGCGUGUACUUCGCUUUUUGUUAAAACAGGGUCGAGAUUUGAAAAUGUGUGCAAUCAUGGUAUAACUCAUUUUAUAGAACACCUCGCAUAUCAAGGCUUCAACUCUUUGUCUAAAUCCAAAUUGCAAGAGAAUAUCAGAAGUAGUGGUACAAAGUUAACGGUCCAGACUACAAGGGAAUAUCAGGUAUUUACUGCCAUGAGUUCCGCGGAAAAUGCAAUUGAAUGUGUCGAUGUCCUACUGAAAAUUUUAACAGAUCUUGAAUUAUCUGAUUUAGAGAUAGAGCUACAGAAAGAGUGUGUUGAUUCAGAAGCGUUCGAUGAAGAUAAGAAUCCUAAAUCUGUUGUUUUUGAUUAUUUAAAACAAACUGCUUUUCAAGGAACGAGCCUCGGUCAAAGCGUUAUUGGUCCAAUUAGUAACAGGAAGAAUUUUGAUCGAAAUAUGAUACGUAAUUUCAUUGCAGACAAUUACCAACCACAUCGACUACUUUUUGUAUCGACAGGCCGUGUAUCACAUAAAACAAACAUGUGCGAAAUCAACACCCGUCUCGCAAAUUUUACGCCAUUUGUUUCCAAGUGUGCGGACCCUGGACCAAGACGUUUCACGGGUUCCUCAAUUAUUUACCGCGACGAUUCAAUCCCCUUUGCGCAUGUCGCUCUUGGCAUUGAAGCACCAGGUUAUAAUAGCCCAGAAUAUUUGCCACUUUUUGUAGCAAACUGUUUAACAGGAUCCUGGGAAAGAACUCAAGGUGGGACUGACAGACAUGGUUCCCCAUUAGCCCGUGCAGCGGCUACGUCUAAGCUAUGCGAGAAAUUUGAAUCUUUUUAUAUAGCAUACCAGGACACAGGUCUAUGGGGAAUAUACUUUGUCGGAGACAGGAUGGGUUUAGAUGAUAUGAUUGCUAACAUACAAGAUCAGUGGAUGCAAAUGUGUACUACUGUAGGCAACAGUGACAUCGAGCGAGCAAUAAACUUGGCUAAAUAUAAAUUGGCUAAUAGUAGAGCUGGUGUGAUCCGUUCUUGUAAGGAUAUCGGUUUACAAUUAUUGUACACAUCUAACUGGAAAUCUUUGGCUGAACUAUUUAAUGAUAAAAAUAAAUUAAAGAACACAGACAUUAAGAGCUUGUGUUCUAAAUAUAUUUAUGACAAGUGCCCAGUAAUUGCUGCUGUUGGUCCUACCGAGACUUUACCGGAUUACAACCGGAUCAGAGCCGGCAUGUAUUGGUUGAGAAUAUGA